AAAAGGUUCACCUCAGCGGAUGAAACCAUUGUGGAGACUGGAUUUUAUAGAUGCCUGCCAUUUGUCAUGCUGCGUUUUGGAGGAUUUUCUGGGUGUCCCGCUCUUUUUUGAAGGAAAUUGAAUUUGCACCAGGAGCUGCUGGGCUGUCAGCCGGUGUUGUCGCUUGGGUUCAAGCCAGUUUCCAGAUAGAGGAACUCGCCUUUUUUCGAAGCUUAAAGACGCUCGAGAAAUGACCAUGACGACAGAGUGCCCGAACACAGAAAUGCAGUCAUUCCCACAGCAGCAGCAGCAGCAGGUCAUCGUCGGAAUCUUGGUGCCAGCUGGGCCAGUGAACUUCCCGUCCUACCAGGCUAUAGCGGCCCCUGCCAUCUACGCCAAGCCUGAGGGUCUCGUCUACAUGCCACAGGGUGCCCACUUGCAGGUCCCAAUGGCACCCCAUGACGGCAACAGCAGCUUUCCAGUGACCCCCCGGAGCCCCGUCCGGCAGCACUCGCCGGCGGAGACGGACACCACCGCCGACGACGCACCCUUAGAACGUCCCCGGCUGAGCACCAGCGCCGCCCGGCGGAUGCGCCGGAAGCGGGCGGCCGAGCGCGCACAGCAGGCGGCUGAGCAGAGCCGGAACAACGAGGGAACGAGGACGGCACCCUUGUCUGCGGGAAGAGUAAAGAGCGACUCCAUCAACUCCAUUUUGGAGCACUGCGAUCUCCUUCGCUCACAACUGGCCAGCGGAAUUGCUGACGAAGUUCAGAAAGCACUGGCCGCGAUUCAAGGUCAUGUAUGGCAAUUGUCACAGCAUGCUACAGGUUGUCGACUUGUACAGCUCGCGUUGGAGACCGGAUGUCACGAGGCGGCGCUCUUGACGCGCGAGCUACACGGGCACGUGCAGGAGGCGGCCGUCUCGCCACACGCCAACUAUGUGAUCCAGAAGGUGGUUAGCACCCUGACCUGGGCGACCUCCAGUUUUGUGGCCAAAGAGCUCCUGAACUCCUGCGCCCGCCUCGCACGACACCGCUACGCCUGCCGUAUCUUCUGCCGCUUGCAGGAGUUCUGCGGGAACAGGGACCUCACGCUCCAGCUGAUUGAUGAGCUGCUGGUUGAAGCCGAGGAUUUGUGCCGUCACAACUUUGGACACCACGUGGUGCAGUCCGUCUUGGAACAUGGCCACGAGAAGCACCGAAAGGUCGUGGCCACGAUCCUGAGAUCGGACCUUUUGAGCUUCGCCAAGCAUCGCAAUGCCAGUUACUUGGUGGAGAAGGCUUUGUCCUACUGUGCACUCGAGGACCAGCAGGCCUUGCUGGCUCAGCUGGGGCGCACCGAAGUCAUCGUGGAGUUAGCCCGAUCACAAUUUGGGUGCUACGUGGCCAAGUCCUUGUUGCAGGAUGAGAGGGUGAACGGCAAAGAGGCUUUGAGACGAAUCCAGGCCUUGGCGGGCGACUUUGGACGGACUCGCCAUGGGCAACGUUUGCUGGUUGAGAUCGGCCUGGCCGAGGAGCUCGCGUAGAACACCCAAAAUGCCGGGGGGAUGGGUGGAUUCUGUCGGGCUCUUCCCGUUGCCACCUAUUUUGCAACUGAUUGGCCGUCUGCCGAUGCACGGACGCAAGGCAUGUACAGGUACCUUCUGCAUAUGGCCAGAAGGACACUUCAUGCUUCUGCCUGCCAGCUUUCAAGUUCAACCAAUUCGACUGCAUUUGCAUUUUUUUGGCUACUACUGGAUGCUUCUCUGCGUCUCCAAGUACCUUUGGGUGUGGUGUUGCACAGUUUGUAAUGCACCACUGUUUUUAAGAGCGCACUUCGUUUGGCAAGCCAUCUGAAUAUGAGAGUUUUGUUUUGAUUGAUUACCGG